GUUCCUCGUCCUCCUCCUCUCAUGAUGCAAACCUUCUGUUGAAUUUACCCAUCAUCUUGUGGCACUAGCAGAGGGGCAUUUUGAGGCACCUCCAAAGCUUUUCCGGAGAAAGGACUGUAGAUCCGCCAGUUAUCAUGUUCAUAAUCCUCCUCCUCCUCAUUCUUUGUAUUCUUCUUCACCUUGUUAAUUUUCUCCUAGGACGUGCUUCAACCCCUGAAUUGGAGCAUGAGGAAGCUCCCCAAGUAGUGCAUUCAUCUUCUUCAUCUUCAACCCUUGAAACAUUGGACUUUGAUGUCUUCCUCAGUUUUAGGGGAGAAGACACCCGCAAUAGUUUUACGGACCAUUUAUAUUACGGUUUGAAGCUGAAAGGAAUCGAUACAUUCAGGGAUGAAGAGAAGCUUGAGAGGGGAAAACCAAUUGCACCAAAACUCCUGAAAGCAAUUGAACACUCCAAGUUUGCAGUCAUUGUUCUUUCAGAAGACUACGCUUCUUCAACUUGGUGUUUGGAUGAACUUGCCCAUAUUGUUCAGUGCAUGGAAGAGGGGAGACUAGAUGUGUUUCCGAUCUUCUACCACAUCGAGGCAUCCGAGGUAAGAAAGCAAACAGGAAAUUUUGGAAAGGCCUUUGCUAAGCAUGAAGAAAAUUUUAAGAAGGAAAAAGGGAAGGUUAAAAAGUGGAGGAGAGCUCUGAGGAAAGUAGCCAACGUUGCCGGAUGGGAUUUGAAAAAUAGGAAAGAAUCAGAAGUUAUUCAGAAAAUAGCUAACAAGAUUUCAAAUGUAUUGAACGACAAACUUUCAAGUCCUAACAACGAUUUAGUUGGAAUGGAUUCUCGUAUUACGAAAAUGGAGGAGUACUUGACUCUUCGCAGGUUGGAUGAUGUUCGCACCAUAGGGAUUUGGGGGUUCGGGGGCAUUGGUAAGACAACUCUCGCAACUGAAGUUUUUAAGAAGAUCAGGAACCAAUUUGGUGCUAGCCGCUUCGUUUCCUCUGUUAGAGAGGAAUCUGCAAAAGUAAAUGGUCUAGUUGGCUUGCAAAAAUCCCUCUCUGCAACCUUGCUGUAUUGCGAUGAAGAUAUACAGAAUGAUGAUUUGGGGAUCCAAUUAUUACGUACUAGACUAAGGAAUAAAAAGGUGCUUAUUGUUCUGGAUGAUGUUGAUAAACUAGAUCAAAUAAAGGCUUUAGCAGAUGAGUCUUGGUUGGGUCCAGGGAGUCGAGUCAUUAUAACAACUAGGGAGAAGCAUGGGUUGGAUACGUGUGGACUACUUGCAGAUAAUAUAUACGAGGUUGACAAGCUAAAGGUUGGUGAGGAUUUUCAGCUCUUUUGUCGAAAAGCCUUCAAGGAAAAUGAUGCUCCACAUGAUUAUAAAGAGCUGUCAAAAAAAUUUGUAGAAUAUGCUGGUGGGAUUCCUUUAGCUCUUGUAGUUUUGGGUUCAUACUUGAGGGGAAAAAAUGUAAUAGAAUGGUCAGAAGCAUUUGAUAGACUUGAUGAAGAUCCUGAAAAAGACAUUAUGAAUGUUCUUAAAGUAAGUUUUGACGCAUUAAAGGACACAGUGAAACAAAUCUUUCUGGACAUUGCGUGCUUCUUUAAUGGAGAGGAUCAAGUUCGUGUAAAGAGGAUAUUAGCAAGUUGCUGGUUUUAUCCUGAAAGUGGUAUUCGUGACCUUCUUGAUAAAGCCCUAAUUAAAAUUAAUGAAAGAAAUGAACUGUUGAUGCAUGAUUUACUUCAGAAAAUGGGUCAAGACAUUGUUCAUAGAAAAUUUCCUAAUGAGCCCGGAAAGCGCAGCAGGUUGUGGAUUAAUGAGAAUGCCUACAAACGCAGCAGGUCAUGGCACGAUAAAGUACUCGCAGAGAAUACGGAAGAGAUACAGUUGGAUGCUGACCCAUUAGCUAAAAUGUGCGUCAACUUUUCUAGAAUCACUGAGUAUUUCUCUAAAGACUUACGGCUUCUGGAAUGGGAUGACUAUCCUUUAGGAUCUCUGCCAUCAAGUUUUAAACCAUGUGAGCUUGUUGAACUCAAGAUGCCUAACAGUCGCAUUACCCAACUAUGGCAUGAAAGUUGUACCAUGAUGGAAAACUUAGUACAAAUGGAUCUUUCAAACUGCAAAUUCUUGAUCAAGACCCCAGACUUCAGAAAGGUCCCAAAUCUUGAGAGGUUGAUUCUUGAAGGUAGUGAAAAAUUAUCAGAGGUUCACCCAACAAUUGGGGAUCUCCAACGUCUCGUUGUAUUGAAUAUGGAAGGUUGUGGAAGUCUAGAGAGCCUUCCCCACUCCAUCAGCUUGGAAUCUCUUAAAACCUUUAAUCUUUCUGGUUGUUCAAAACUCAAAGAGUUUCCAGAGAUUGUGGGAAACAUGGAAGCUUUGUCAGAACUUUAUUUAGAUGAGACGGCUAUAAGGAAGCUGCCGGCAUCAAUCCAGCAAUUGAGGGGCCUUAUUUUGUUAAAUUUAAAUGGUUGCAAGAACCUUACGGGUUUUCCGAUGGCCAUUUGUAGUUUGACAUCUUUGAGAUAUAUAUAUAUGUCUGGCUGCUCACGUAUUGACAUACUGCCGGAAAACCUGGGGAGUUUGGAACAGUUGCAAGUGCUUGAUGCCUGUAAAACUGCUAUAACAAAAAUGCCUGGCUCCAUUUUAUUACUUCCGAAGCUUAAACGAUUAUGUUUCCGCGGAAACAAAGAUGUGGCAGUCGAAUCCUCUGUAUUCGAUGAACAUAAAGACGAGCUUGCAGAAUCCUCUGUUUCCACUGAGCAUAGAGAUGUGCAAAUGGAAUCCUCUGUAUUGUUCAAUGAGGGAACAACUGCUGUCAAAGACAUAUUACUAAGCUUGCUGGGAAAGGAAGAGAUACAGUUGGAUGCUGACCCAUUAGCUAAAAUGUGCGUCAACUUUUCUAGAAUCACUGAGUAUUUCUCUAAAGACUUACGGCUUCUGGAAUGGGAUGACUAUCCUUUAGGAUCUCUGCCAUCAAGUUUUAAACCAUGUGAGCUUGUUGAACUCAAGAUGCCUAACAGUCGCUUUACCCACCUAUGGCAUGAAAGUUGUACCAUGAUGGAAAACUUAGUACAAAUGGAUCUUUCAAACUGCAAAUUCUUGAUCAAGACCCCAGACUUCAGAAAGGUCCCAAAUCUUGAGAGGUUGAUUCUUGAAGGUUGUGAAAGUCUAGAGAGCCUUCCCUACUCCAUCAGCUUGAAAUCUCUUAAAACCUUUGAUCUUUCUGGUUGUUCAAAACUCAAAGAGUUUCCAGAGACUGGGGGAAACAUGGAAGCUUUGUCAGAACUUUAUUUAGAUGGGACGGCUAUAAGGAAGCUGCUGGCAUCAAUCCGGAAAUUGAGGGGGUUUAUUUUGUUAAAUUUACGUGGUUGCAAGAACCUUACGAGUUUUCUGAUGGCCAUUUGUAGUUUGACAUCUUCGGAACUGUUGCAAGAGCUUGAUGCCUGUAAACCUGCUAUAACAAAAGUGCCUGUGUCCGUUUUAUCACUUCCGAAGCUUAAACGAUUAUUUUUCCGUGGAAAGAUGAGCUUGCGGAAUCCUCUGUUUCCAAAAGUGCCUGUAUCCGCUGAACAUAAAGAUGAGCUUGCGGAAUCCUCUGUUUCCAAAAGUGCCUGUAUCCGCUGA